GAAGUAUCAAAAAUAAAUAGUUUUGAAAUCACAUGAGUGAUCUUUUUACACAGAUCAUAGAAACCAUGUCAUACUCGGAAGAUGUGGCAGCUUUCAUGGAUGCUCUUGGACCAUUUUAUGAAUUUGUUGAUAUCCCUGGCAAGAAACUGAAAAAUGUAAACACUAAUGGUGUACCAGAGGACGAACAACCCAACAGCCAUAAUGGAGAAACAGAGGACAGAGAAAAGUGUGAGUUGAACGGCCACCUUCCUAUACAUAAGAGAAGUGGGAAUGCAGACAGUGGCAGUGAUUCGGACUCUGAUAUGGCACAUUUGUCGAGUGAAGAUUCCUCCCCACAACAAGUGUCAGUGGUGACCACUGAACCUAUUGAAGUCUCAUUGGCACGGGAGCUGACAGAAGCAAGUGAAGAAAAGGCAGAGUUUAAUCAAGAGGAAGAUGAGGAGCUCUUAGUAGUGAAAGUUCAUGAGGUGGAGAACACUACUACACAUACUUUCUCUCUCUCACCUAAUGCUUAUAGUGACUCUGAAUCUGAUGAGGAAUAUUCAGAACCUGCAGAGACUCCAGAUCACCUGGUUCAAGUGGACACUGUACUAGCCGAGCAGGCAUGGUCUUCAAACCAGAUUCACCAUCUCUCUAAUGGCCAGCUCAACACACAACCCUCCCAAACAAGUACAACAGCCUGGUCUCAACCUGUGAUACUGGAUGGAGUGGUGUCAGCAGUGACAUCAACAGAUGGAGUGACAUCAGCAGAUGGAGUGGCAUCAGCAGAUGCAGUGACAUGUGGAGGGGGUGAUCAAAGUCACCCAGGUGGGCUUCAGAUGACACCCAGACAGAUCCAGCAAGGUUCCAGGUGUGAUGGCAGUUCUCAGGCAGCAUCCCGAGUGUCAUCAGGAAGUCUUUCUACUCCUCUUCACCCUGGCCGUUAUUUCCAGAGUGGUGGAGGGAGUGGAGGGUCAGGGGGUGCUGGGGGAGGCUGGGGUGGAACAAGUUUAACUGAAGAUGUGAAUACUCAGUUGGUUAUUGUGUUGAGGCGCCUGCAGACAGACAUGGAAAGUGUUCUCCACCGCUUAAACACCCUGGAGACCCUCACUGUUACUCAGCACCACACAGUCUGCCGUCACUGUCAGCGAGGCAAUGGCAGUAUGUCUAAUAGUAAUGGGCAUACUGAAGCAUCUUGGUGGCCAUUCCCAGAACUGUCUCCACGGUCCACUUUUUUCUUACUUGUCUGGCCACUUGUUCUUCAUGGUGGCAUCAAACUGCUGCUGCUGCUUCGAUCUCGAAGACGACGCUCAUAAGAAGUUUGGAGUUACUUGUAGCACCUGAGGUUUAUGCUUCAUUUAUCUAGACCUAUUUUCCAGCUAAGAGUUAUACUGCUUUUUUUGCCUUGGUGGAUAUAGCCAUUAUUAUUUUCAAAGCUUUGCACUUUAAAUUAUUGGAUUGCACUCUAAUUUGAUUAACUUUCUUUUACAUACCUUUUCUGUCAGAGAUAACAAAUGUAGGGAUAGCUAAUCUUUGUUAUCCACCCAUUAAUUAGCAUGGCACGUCUAAUAGUGUCCCUUGCAUUUUGAAGUUGCUGUGUUCCAAGGAUAUGGCAGCUGUAUUAAGCUCAACACUUUAAUUUGCAUGUUAAGAAUCUUUACUAUAUUUUGCAAAUAGCAUGGAUUAUAAAUGCAAAUGUAUGUCACACACACAUGGAAAUGCCAAUAGAAAUAGGGGAUUAAUAGCAAAUUCUUAUAAAGUAAACCCCACAUGAAGUGAGGCAGAAUGUAUGUAGACAUAACGGACCUCACCUUGAAAAUUGAUACCUCUGCUGUCUGCUAGUUGAUGCUAAUGUAAUAAUAUACUGUAAUACAGUAUAUUAAUUCUGUGAUUAAUUAACCAGUGCUGUCAGUUUAGAGUACUUUUGAUUAUCAGAUAGAGGGCAUGAUAUAAGAAAUGUGAAAUUGGCUAUACCUGCUAAGGAUGUGAACAAGUGUAACCCUUUCUUAUUAAACAUGUUAUCAAGAAUGCAGUGAACUGAAAUCUUGAAUAAGCAGAAUAUUAGUUUUUAGGAAACAGUUGUUAUUCAAAUUAUACUGAUAAAGCACAGUAACUGUAUUUGAUAUUUCUUACCACAUAAGAACUCAAAUCCUUGGUUGCAUACAAACAUAUUUUAAUACAGCUUCUCCUCACUUAGUGAUGUACUUGUUUACCAACCUCACGGACUUACAACCAGCUCUCCAACCAGUGUGCAAGCCUUUGUAAUGUAUAUUAGAGCUGAUUUCCUUUAUUUUGUUUGUUACAAUAUACAGUAUACUACUGUAUAAACAUUUAAAAAUAUACUAGAAAUUUUAUAAAUGGUGCAAAGGUGACAUUAAAAAAAUAUUUAAAGAUGGUUGACACAAACCCACUGCCAGUAUAUAUAGUACGAGUCUCGCUUAACUGCUGAUUCGCUUACUGACCUACUCUUAGGAACAGAACCCUAUCGUUAAGUGACGAGAGGCUGUAUUUAGCCAGUAUAAAAUUUUUAUUUCUUUGGAUUUCGGAUUGAUUAUAACAGUAAAUAUUUUUAUUGUGAUUUAAUAUUUCUCUUGCUAAUAUUUCAAAUUAAGUUCCCACAGUUGUGUAUGGCUAAUUAUGAAAAAAUCACUGAAUAUUUUCGUUUCACUUGGAUCAGUGCAGUUGCCUAUUCAUGGUCCCCAACUAGCCUUAGCCUGGAUAUCCUCAUUAUGUGAACCACUUGACUGGCACCAUUCAAAUAUUUAGGGAAGGUAAACCAUUUAUUAACCCUUUGAGGGUUUCGGCCGUACUAGUACAGCUUACGACCCAGGGUUUUUGACGUACUUGUACGCCUAAAUUCUAGCGCCCUCAAAUCUAGUGGGAGAAAGCUGGUAGGCCUACAUAUGAAAGAAUGGGUCUAUGUGGUUAGUGUGCAUAGUAUAAAAAAAAAUCCUGCAGCACACAGUGCAUAAUGAUAAAAAAAAAACUGACCGUUUUUUUGGAAUAAAACAGCGACUUUACACUGUAUUUUUGUAUGGUAUUUAUUGUUGUAUUCUAGUUUUCUUGGUCUCAUUUUAUAGAAUGGAAGACAUAUUACAGAAAUUGAGAUGAUUUUGACUGGUUUUUGCAAUGAAAAGUACCUUGAAAUUGAGCUCAAAGUAGCAGAAAUGUUCGAUUUUUACCAAAGUUCAAAAGUAAACAAAUCAUGCCAAGCGUCCAAUACACAUCAACUGGUGGGUCUAAUAUUCUUUUGCAAGUGCGCCAAUAUUAUUUAUACCAUUUUUUACACUAAUGCAGUAGUCUGCAUAACAGUAAAUCUUCUAUUUUUUGUGAGAAUAAAAAUUCAAAGUGGAAAGCAAAAGAAUGUAAGAGGGGCCUUGAGACAUGACUAAUGAACAGAGGAAAUGUCAUUUUAGUGCCAGGAAUGUCUUUCUUGUUUAUUCUGGACCCUAUUCGGAAAUUGGCAUCUUUUGAAAUUUGUGUGAAAUUGGCAAAAUUUCUAAAUUCUGACCACUGUACUGGAUAGUUGAAAUUGGUAAAUGGGUGGUUUCUUGCACUCAUUCGAUAUAAAAAAAUGGAGUUCUAGAAAAAUAUUCAUGUUUUUUGUCGACUAGUACAGUGGAAUUGGCCGAAAAUGAGGCUCAAAGUGGGCAAAAUUGCUGAUGCGUAAACAUCGCCGAGACCACUAACUUCGUGAGAGCAUAAUUCCGUAAGUUUUCCAUCAAAUUUCAUAAUUUUGGUGUCAUUAUGAUCGGGAAAAGUUUCUCUAUCUUUUCCUAAGAAAAAAUUAUUUUUUUUUUAAAUUUGGCCGACCCUGAGAACGAGUCUUGGAGAGGGCCUGUCGACCCUCAAAGGGUUAAUGAUACCUGAACUAUUUUCUUGCAAUUUUUUUUUUAUUUUAAUUUUCUGUAUGCUGUAAUUAUUAACCCUUAAAUGGUCCAAACGUAUAUAUACGUUUUUUCAACAUCUGAAUGUAUAUAAAAUAAUAUAGAUCUUCUUUUUUGUUUUACAUUUGAAAACGUGUAAAAAAAAAACUUUUAUCACAUUUUUUUUUUUUUGUUAUAUUUGAAAAUAUGUAAAAAAAGUAGAUCUGCUUUUGUAGCAAUACAAAUUUGAACAUCAAUCUGUUUAGACCGUUUAAGGGUUAAUAUAGUGCCAUGAAUAUACUGCAAAUACAUAUGACUGACUUCUGCAGGAUUUGAAAUAGGGAAUAUUCUUGUACAGUGGCUCACAGUGUUGAGAAGUCUUGCAGGAACAGUUCUUAAAUGCAGAGGCAAGGAUUUUUGUUCUCCUUUCAGUCAUAGUUUCUGUUGUGCAGAGGAAGUCUAUAACUUGAAUUUGUAUUUUUAUAACAAACUAGUCAUUCUGUUUUGUUCCAUUCUCUCUAGAUGUCCAAACCACCUCAACAACCCUUCCUCAGCCCUCUGGACAACAGUUUUGGUAAUCCCGCACCUCCUCCUAACUUCUAAACUACAAAUUCUCUGCAUUAUAUUCACACCACACAUUGCCCUCAGACAUGACAUCUCCACUGCCUCCAGCCUUCUCCUCGCUGCAACAUUCAUCACCCAUGCUUCACACCCAUAUAAGAGCGUUGGUAAAACUAUACUCUCAUACAUUCCCCUCUUUGCCUCCAAGGACAAAGUUCUUUGUCUCCACAGACUCCUAAGUGUGCCACUCACCUUUUUCCCCUCAUCAGUUCUAUGAUUCACCUCAUCUUUCAUAGACCCAUCUGCUGACAUGUCCACUCUCAAAUAUCUGAAUACAUGCAUCUCCUCCAUGCUCUCUUCCUCCAAUCUGAUAUACAAUCUUUCGUCACCUAAUCUUUUUGUUAUCCUCAUAACCUUACUCUUUCCUAUAUUCACUUUUAAUUUUCUUCUUUUACAUACCCUACGAAAUUCAUCCACCAACCUCUGCAACUUCUUCCAAGAGCACAGUGUCAUCAGCAAAAAGCAAUUGUGACAGCUCGCACUUUGUGUUUGAUUCUUUAUCUUUUAACUCCACACCUCUUGCCAAGGCCCUAGCAUUUACUUCUCUUACAACCCCAUCUAUAAAUAUAUUAAACAACCACGGUGACAUCAAACAUCCUUGUCUAAGGCCUACUUUUACUGGGAAAUAAUCUCCCUCUUUCCUACAUACUCUAACCUGAGCCUCACUAUCCUCUUAAAAUCUCUUCACUGCUUUCAGUAACCUACCUCCUACACCAUACACCUGCAACAUUUGCCACAUUGCCCCCCUAUCCACCCUGUCAUAUUUUUUUUUUCAACAAACUGGCCAUAUCCCACCAAGGCAGGGUGGCCCAAAAAGAAAAACGAAAGUUUCUCUUUUUAAAUUUAGUAAUUUAUACAAGAGAAGGGGGUUACUAGCCCCUUGCACCCGGCGUUUUAGUCGCCUAUUACAACACGUAUGGAGGAAGAAAUCUGUUCCACUUCUCCAUGGAGAUAAGAGGAAAUAAACAAGAACAAGAACUAGAAAGAAAAUAGCAGAAAACCCAGAGGGGUGUGUAUAUAUAUAUAUAUAUGUUUGUACAUGUAUGUGUAGUGUGACCUAAGUGUAACUAGAAGUAGCAAGACGUACCUGAAAUCCUGCAUGUUUAUGAGACAGAGAAAAGGACACCAGCAAUCCUACCAUCAUGUAAAACAAUUACAGGCUUUCGUUUUACACCCACUUGGCAGGACGGUAGUACCUCCCUGGGCAGUUGCUGUUUACCAACCUACUACCUGAACUCAACAGACUUGUCCCCCUAUAAUUUUUGUGCUCUUUUGUCCCCUUUGCCUUUAUACAAAGGAACUAUGCAUGCUCUUUGCCAAUCCCUAGGUACCUUACCCUCUUCCAUACAUUUAUUGAAUAAUAGCAUCAACCGCUCCAAAACUAUAUCCCCCACCUGCUUUUAACAUUUCUAUCUUUAUCCCAUUAAUCCCAGCUGCCUUCCCCCUUUCUUUCUACCCACUGUCUCAUGCACUUCCCCCACACUCACAACUGGCUCUUCCUCGCUCGUACAAGAUGUUAUUCCUCCUUGCCCUAUACACAAAAUCACAGCUUCCCUAUCUUCAUCAGCAUUUAACAAUUCCUCAAAAUAUUCACUUCAUUUAGGUAAUAGGUUGGUAAACAGCAACCGCCCGGGGAGGUACUACCGUCCUGCCAAGGGAGUGUAAAAUGAAAGCCUGUAAUUGUUUUGCAUGAUGGUAGGAUUACUGGUGUCUUUUGUCUGCCUCAUAAACAUGCAAGAUUUCAGGUAUGUCUUGCUACUUCUACUUAUACUUAGGUCACACUACACAUACGUGUACAAGCAUAUAUAUACACACCCCACUGGGUUUUCUGCAAUUUCCUUUCUAGUUCUUGUUCUUGUUUAUUUCUUCUUAUCUCUAUGGGGAAGUGGAACAGAAUUCUUCGUCCGUUAGCCAUGUGUGUGUUGUAAGAGGCGACUAAAAUGCUGGGGGCAAGGGGCUAGUAACCCCUUCUCAUGUAUAAAUUACUAAAUUUAAAAAGAGAAACUUGCGUUUUUCUUCUUGGGGCCCCCCCUGCCUUGGUGGGAUACGGCCGGUUUGUUGGAAAAAAAAAAAAUUCCCUCCAUCUUCCCAAUACCUCUAACUCUCCUCUCCUAUUUUUAACUGACGAAUCCAUUUGUUCCUUAGGCUUCCUCAACUUGUGAAUCUCACUCCAAAACUUUUUCCUAUUUUCAACAAAAUUUGUUGAAAAGUAGAUCUUACCCACUCUCUGAUUUGCUCUCUUUUUACCUUUUUACAUUGCUUCACCACUCUCUUAACCUUUCUUUUUCUCUCUAUAUACUCUUCCCUCCUUGCAUCACUUCUACUUUGUAAAAACCUCUCAUAUGCUAACUUUUUGUCCCUUACUACUCUCUUUACAUCAUCAUUCCACCAGUUGCCCUUCUUCCCUCCUGCACCCACUUUACUGUAACCACAAACUUCUGCUGAACACUCUAACAAUACAUUCUUAAACCUACCCCAUACAUCUUCGACCCCAUUGCCUAUACUCUCACUAGCCCACCUGUCCUCCAAUAGUUGUUCAUAUCUUACCCUAACUGCCUCCUCUUUUAGUUUAUAAACCUUCACCUCUCUCUUACUUGAUGCUUCUAUUCUCCUUUUAUCCCAUCUACCUUUUACUCUCACUGUAGCUACAACUUAAAAGUGAUCUGAUAUAUCUGUGGCCCCUAUAUAAACAUGUACAUCCUGAAGUCUACUCAACAGCCUUUUAUCUACCAAUACAUAGUCCAACAAACUACUGUCAUUAUGCCCUACAUCAUAUCUUGUGUACUUAUUCAUCCUCUUUUUCUUAAAAUAUGUAUUACCUAUAACUAAACCCCUUUCUAUACAAAGUUCAAUCAAAGGGCUCCCAUUAUCAUUUACACCUGGCACCUCAAACUUACCUACCACACCCUCUUUAUACUAUAUACAUUACUAAAUUAAAAAAAGAAAAAAGUUUUUUGUUUUUAGGUCACCCUGCCUUGGUGGGACAUGGCCGGUUGAUGAAAAACAAAGAGAAAUUACAGUGGAACCCCAGUUUUCGAACUUAAUCCAUUCCAGCAGGUCAUUCUAAAACUGAAACAUGUGAAAUCUGAAUCAAUGUUUCCCAUAAGAAAUAAUGUAAAUACAAUUAAUCCAUUCCAGACACAAAAAUAUUCACAAAUAUUUCAUUUUUUAAAGAAUAUGACACUAAUAUCAACUCUAUGGCUUAUUUAUCUAUCACAAUUGAUCUAAUAUGACAUAAACAAUAUAAACAACAUAGAAACCUGAAAUACACUCUAGAAUGAAUAGAAUAUGUCAUUAUGUAUGUGGCUAGUGGUGGCAAAGGUGGAGAGUUUGUUUGGAGGCAGGACAAAAUACUCCUCCAAUAUGACAAUAUUAACUCUGCAGCUUAUUUAUCUAUCACAAUUGAUCUAAUAUGACAUAAUAAACAAUAUUAAUAACACAGAAACAUGAUACGUACUCUAGAUUGAAUAAAAUAUGUCAUUAUGUAUGUGAGGAGUGGUGGUGGUGGUGGUGUUGGAUUUAUAAGGGCCACUGACAGCAUAUGCCGUACAUAUUAGUGGUGGUGGUGGAGGCGGCAGCAGAGGCGGCAGUGUUAUCAGUGGACCUAUAUACCUCCAACAACAUUGGAUGAGUUAGUUUCGUGUCCUUUUUCUGUCACUUAAUUGCUCGGAUUACUUGCUACACUGUUAAUGCUAUGCUUUAUCGCUGGCUGGCACUGUAGCCCUUAUUGACUCCUGCUGCUUUAGUAUCGUACGUAUCGUGGAAUCACUGAAGAAGGCACUUUCUCCCCUCUAUCACAGUCCUUUACCAAAGGUCUGGCUGGCACUAGGAACUUUCUUUGGGCCCAUGGUGGCUUAUUUUGCAGUUACAAUUAAUAAACAAGCACCAAAAACAAGGGAUUAUUACGAAAUGUUUUGGAAUGCGCAGAGCAAUGCUCACUCGACUAGUGACAGAGGCAGACUGAGACGUAUAGUGGCAGUGUCCCUGGGUGGGCAGACGCAUAUGAUACGUCCGAUUAUUGGAUCCAGGUCCGAUAUCUGGAACAAAAUUUUGCACACAAAAAAGUGCUAAAACCGAAACGUUUGAUAACUGUCGCAUGCAAAAACCGGAAUUCCACUGUACCUCUCAUUCACUUAAAGCAGUUUAUUUUUGUCAGCAGAUUUAUGGUUAAUUAUAUCUAAGUUUGAUAGUAGCAGCUCUUUAGUACUAUAUUUAGCUUAAAUGACAUUUAUUUUGUUUGCAUAUUUUAUUUUUUCAUUAUACAUUUGUGUAACCACUUCUCCUGUAUACAUUGUUAAAUUUAAAAAGAUAAAUUUUAAGUUUUCUAUUUAGGUCACCCUGCCUCAGUGGGGUAUGGCCAGCUUGUUGAAAAAAAAAUUGUUUUAUGUAGAAAUUAUAUUUGUACUUGACACCUUAUAACUGUACUAAGUAUGUUGCAUUUUAUAUUUUUAAGUAUUGUAAAGACACUGUGUGUGGAUACAAUAUACAUUGGGAGACAGCCGACUUGUUAAAAAUAAAUAAAUAAAUAUAUUUUUUUUUUUUCAACAAGUCGGCCGUCUCCCACCGAGGCAGAUGUUAUCCUAGGUAGUAGGUUGGUAGACAGCAACCGCCCAGGGAGGUACUACCAUCCUGCCAAGUGAGUGUAAAACGAAAGCCUGUAAUUGUUUUACAUGAUGGUAGGAUUGCUGGUGUCCUUUUUUCUGUCUCAUGAACAUGCAAGAUUUCAGGUACGUCUUACUACUUCUACUUACACUUAGGUCACACUACACAUACAUGUACAAGCAUAUAUAUACACACCCCUCUGGGUUUUCUUCUAUUUUCUUUCUAGUUCUUAUUCUUGUUUAUUUCCUCUUAUCUCCAUGGGGAAGUGGAACAGAAUUCUUCCUCCGUAAGCCAUGCGUGUUGUAAGAGGCAGCUAAAAUACCGGGAGCAAGGGGCUAGUAACCUCUUCUCCUGUAUAAAUUACUAAAUUUAAGAAGAGAAACUUUUGUUUUUCUUUUUGGGCCACCCUGCCUUGGUGGGAUAUGGCCAGUUUGUUGAAAGAAGUAAAAGGAGAAACUUUUGUUUUUCCUUUUGGGCCACCCUGCCUCGGUGGUAUACGGCUGAUGUGUUGAAAGAAAGAGUAUAUAUGUUAUCUCUUCUUUAUUGAAAGGUUCCUUCCAGACAGGUCAAAUCCUGUACUGAGUAAGGAGAAUAUAUCUUAUGUAUGUUAUUUUGUCAAGGGAUUAAUGUAGUCAUGUUUAUUUGGUACAAACUUUGUACCUGCAUUAUUACUGCCACCAGCAUGUAGUCUUUCCAUGUUUAUUUAGUAUGAACUCUGUGCCUAUACCAUUGAAUACUGUUUUUAUUGAGUAUGAAUUGCAGUAAUAUAUUUAUAUCAAAAUUUAUUUUCCCAGAUCACAUCUCCAAUUACAUAAUUUGUCCAUGAGGUGUGUUCACAGAUACCUAACUGAGUUUCUGUAUAUGUACAUGUGUUUGUGAAGUGCAUCAGUGUUGUUGGCAAAGAUAACUUGUAAUCUAUGAAGUACCACAUUUUCCAGCAUUUAAGGUACAUGACAGAAGUAUCUUAACAGUAAAUCGGUAAUCAUAUUCAAGGUCUAGACCCUCCUACUUCAUGUUAAAGCAUAAACCAAAGCCUACCCUUGACCCUAACCUUGAGCAUAUAAGGAUCAAGGUGAUUUUCCAAGACCUUUCUUUUGUGGCAAAAAAUAGGCACGUCUUAUAUUCUGGAAAAUAUGUAAACUAGUGCUGAUAACACUCAUCACCCAAGCUCUGAUACGAGGUUGAAAUGUGAAUACCAGUCUUAUGUUUUGCAACUGUUUUGAUUAAUAACAGCUAAAUGGUACACCUUCAAGUAGUUGAAGAAUUAUUAUAUUAUAAUCAAAGAAAGUACUAAACCGAAAUGGUUGAAGAAACAUGUCCGUGUGUGGGUGGGGUGAGGGUGGGAUUGGUUGGUAACUUUUAAAGAAAUGGUCAGAUGACUAAUGUGCUUGAAAUGUUAUAUUCUCUUCUUUCUCAGAUUAUCAAAACUCCAUUUACCACAUUCUUCCACUUGUCACUGCUCUCCACCACACACUCAUAAGGUGCAUCAUCUGCACAUAAAAUAAUAGGCGGGUUAUACUUUUUUUUAACACACCAGCUGUCUCCCACUGAGUCAGUGUGACCUGAAAGAGAAAAAACACUUUCACCAUCACUAUCCCUGUCUUACCACAGAGGCAUAUCGCAUCACAGCUCACAUGCUCCUCCAAACUUCAGUAUUGCCACCCCUCCUUUAGAGUGUAGGUGCAGUGCUCCCAACCUCCAAAAUUAAAGUCUGGCUAGCUGGUUUCCCUGAAUUUUUUCAUAAACAUUAUCUUGCUCACACUCCAACAGCAUGAUGUCAUAAAAACCACUUGCCUCCACUCCUAACACACUUGUAUAUGCCUGUUGGAUGUCCAAGUUCCUUGUACACAAAACCUUUAUUCCCUCCCUUUAACCUUUCCUUAGAUGACACCUACCCCUUCUUCCCUCCCCUACAGAUUUAUUUACCUUCCAAGUCAUCCUAUUUUGCUCUGUCAUCUCUAAAUAUCCAAACCACCUCAACAAUUCCCCUUCAGCCAUUGGGACAAUACUUUUAGUAACCCCCACACCUCCUAAUCUCUGGUCUACUAAUUCUCUGUAUAAUUUUCACACCACACAUUGCUCUUAGACAAGACAUCUCAAAUAACCUUCACAUAGGAGAGGGGAGCUUAUGACGAUGUUUCGGUCCAACUUGGACCAUUUACAAAGUGGGACUUUGUAAAGGGUCCAAGUUGGACUGAAACAUUGCUGUAAUCUCCUCCUCUCCUAUGUGUGGGUUAUUUGUAUGUUAUUUCCCUUUUUGCUUUUGUGAAUAAGAUUCUUUGUCUCUGUGGAUGCUCUGAUAUACCACCCACCUUUUUCCCUCUCAUCAAUUCCAUGGUUCACCUCGUCUUUCAUAGACCUGGCCACCGAGAAGUCUUCUCCCAUGUAUUGUCUUUAUUAUUAUCUGCCAAAUGUAAAGGUUUUAUUUUAAUUUUUAGUAAGCUAUAGAGAAGAAGGGGUUACUAGCCCAUUGCGCCUAGUAUUUUAGUUGACUUUUACAACAUGCAUUGCUUACAGAGGAAAAAAUCUUAUUCUGCUUCCCCAUGGAUAUGAAAGGAAAUAAUAAGAACAAGAACUAUUAAGAAGUAUCAAAGAAAACUCAGGUGAGUGUGUAUACAUAAAUGUGUACAGGCAUGUGUAGUGUGACCUAAUUGACGGUAAAAGUAUCAAGAUAUACCUGUUAUCAUGUGGUUUUUGAGACAGAAAAAAAGACACAAUUACAAUUAUUACUGUAUUACUGUAUUGCAUAACAGUAAAUCUUCUAUUUUUUGGUUUGAAUAAAAAUUCAUUAUGUGAAUAAAAAAUCAAAAUGGAAUUCAUUUGCAAAGCCUGAAAAUGUAACUAAUGAACAGAGGAAAUGUUAGUUUAGUGCCAGGAAUGUCUGCAUUGUUUAUUCUGGACCCUAUUUUGAAAUCAGAAUAUUUUGAUCUUUGCAUUAAAUUGGCCAAAUUACCAAUUUUCGAUCACUUUAUUUUGUAGUUGAAACAGUUGACUUGGCGAUUUCUUGUGCUCAAUCAAUAGAAUAGAAGUAAUACUAGUGAAAUAGUUAAGAAUUUGGUCGACUGGAGUAAUAUAAUUGGCCUAAAAUGGGAAUCAAAGUCGGCAAAAUCGCCGAUGCGUAAAUAUUGCUGACACAUCAAAAUUCGCGAGAGCAUAAUUUCGUCAAUUUUCCAUCAAAUUUCAUACUUUUUGUUUUAUUACCUUCAAAAAAAUAUUCUCUACCAUUUCAUAAGAAAAAAUAACAAAAUUAUUUUUUGAAAAUUCUUGGACACUGGUGCGCACUUUGAAAUUCGGCCUCUGGACCCUGCAAAGGUUAAAAUAGCAGUUUUGAGGUGUUUUCUAGGAUGGGUUUUAUGGUUUUAUUUGCUGUUUCUUGGUAUCAUUUGAGAGAAUGGAAGACAUACUUCUAAAAUAAAUAUGAAUUUGGUUGGUUUCAGGACCGGAAGUAUAAUUUGAGAGCAGGCUCAAAGAAGCUGAAAUAUUAAAUUUUUGACAAUUUUCCUGAGGAUGGUUUGUUUCAUAGGUUUUUACUAUAACUGAUUCAAAUAUUAGAAUGAUUUUAACCAUGACCAAUCAUUCCUGGUUAUGUUUUAUUAUCCAAGAAAUAGGGCAAUGAUGAAUUCAAAAUGGAGAGCAUGUAUAAUAUAGGAGAGGCCUGAGGAUAUUAUUAACACAUAUACAGUAUAAUGUGAUCCUUUAUUGACUAUGUUUCGCCCACACAGUGGGCUUUUUCAAGUCGCAAACAGAUCUGUUUGCGACUUGAAAAAGCCCACUAUGUGGGCGAAACGUAGUCAAUAAAGGAUCACAUUAUACUGCAUAUGUGUUUAUGUUUCCAUUGUGUCGGUAUUUUAUACCAUUUAUUUCCAGGAUGUUAUUAUGAACAGAGAAAAUGCUGCUUUAGUGCCUGCACUUUUUGUUUAUUUUGGACUCUAAAUUGGAUUUUUUUGUUUAAUUUUGGGUAAAAUUGGCCAAAUUACCAAUUUAUAGGGUAGUUCUAAUAGUUGAAUGAGUGGUUUCUUGCUCUCAUUUGAUAAAAUGGAAGGCAUACUAUCAGUAUACAUAAGAAUUUGAAAGAAUUGAGGAAAGAAAUUGACUUAAAUUAGGACUCAAAGUUGGCAAAAUUGCUGAUGUGUAAAUUGCACCGAGACCACUAUCUUUGUGUCUAUGUAAUUGUGUACUGCUAGCAUCAGUCUAUCAGCAGGAUUGGUCUGGGACCAUACAGGGAGGCAAUUCUAACAGUUAGCUAGACACUACACUUAUUUUUAUCACUUCUUUGCAGGGAUACUUAUCUGUAAGAGUUGCUGGUCUCCUCUCACAACUUAUAGUUUUUGAUUUCCUGAUGUUUUGUGUAGCAUAUGAAUUUCCUGAUUGUUGUAUGACUUAAUUCAUAGUGAUGGAGUGAGUAUUGUAUGACUUAAUUCACAGUGAUGAGAUACACAGUGUAACUCCGAGAGCAUAGCUCAGCAUGUCCAGUGUGGAACGAUGCCGAGUGUUAUAGAUGUGGAACAUGAACAUGUAUCUUUGUGUUACUAGUUUUUCAAAACAUUAGUUAUUUCCCACCCAAGAGGAUAAUACCAAGAGUAACACAGUUUCAUUUUGCUAUAAUAUUACAACAAAAUAUUUUUGUUUUAUAUUAGGUAGCAGCAUAAUUGACAUUAGUUAGGGGAGUGGGAGUAUACAUAGAGUAGUGUGCUCCUGUGUAUACUAAUGAGGAAGAGUGGUUAUUAUAAUUAUUAUUAUUAUCUUCAUUGGGGAUGCAUGAACCCUUGAAGGUUAUACUACACCUGAGGAUCAAGAGGCAGUCAACUUUGGUUAAAGUAGGCAGUAGAUCCAAUUCCUUGGAUCAAGAGCCUCUCAUAAAACAUCAAGGUAUACCCUUUAAGGGUGGUGGUGAUAAGCACCAUAACUUGAGCAGAACUUUGAAAUUUAUUCCACAAAGGGUUAUGGUGUACAAUACUUGUUCUGAAGCAUAAACUGCUGCUUAAUUUUGUUGACAUUCUGGCAAAACUUAUUACAUGUAAUUCUGAAAGAUAGUACCAAGCAGGGUACUAUCUUAGGUGAUAAAAGACUGAAAUUGUAUUAUGUGUGGGUGUGUAUGUGCACACGUGUGCACAUAUGCACACACCCACUUAUAAAUUGUCAUAUUUGAUUUACAAUCAUCCAUAUGUUUUAGUAAGAGACACAUGAUAAUUCAUAUUUGGGUUUUGUUUGAGUUUAUUGUAAGUUGAUUCUUAUGGGAUGCCAUGUAACAUUAAGGACCGAAUAAAAUUCCCUUUACACAAUAUUAUCUGAGGCAGGUUAUAUCUACAGAUGUAAAGGGAAACACUUUAAAACUUUACUUUUUCUAAUGUAUGAAAUUUUUUACAUUAAGCUGAUUGUUAAAUGUUUUCAAGUUCUUGUAUACUCUGCGGUGAAGAAUAAGUCACAGAACUGUGUCUGGAAUAAUUUACAAAAAUCCCACACUUAGGAGAGGCUUAUGACAACAUUUUAGUCUGUCUCUCCUCCUGACCAAAACAGAGGUCAGGAGGAGAUGAAGAGAGCAGUGGUGGUAAUACUAGAAUUAUCAGUAGCAACAGUGGAAGCAGUAAUCAUAGUUACAGAAUUAGUAGCAGCAGCAGUACUAGUAGUAGUACAUGUAGUCAUGGUAGCAAGAGUGGUGGAAGUAAUGAGGUUGUUGCACCAGUGGUGGUGGUGGUAGUAGUAGUAGUAGUGGUGGUAGUAGUAGUAGUGGUGGUAGUAGUAGUAGUGGUGGUGGUGGUAGUAGUAGUGGUGGUAGUAGCAGUAGCAGUGGUAGUAGUAGUAGUAGUAGUAGUAGUGGUGGUGGUAGUAGUGGUGGUGGUGGUAGUAGUAGUAGUAGUAGUGGUAGUAGUAGUGGUGGUGGUAGUAGUGGUGGUGGUAGUAGUAGUAGUGGUGGUGGUAGUAGUAGUAAUAGUGGUAGUGAUAGUAGUAGUGGUAGAAGUAAUAGUAGAGAGUGUAGUAGUAGUAGUGGAGUUCUCAUUAAUUGGAGAUCAUGCCCUAUUAACCUGUAAACGGUCCAAACGUAUAUAUGCGUUCUCUCCCGUAGUGCCCCAACUUUUUUGAGAGAAAAAAAAUCGUUUUUUUUUUAAUAAGAAAAAAGAGCAUAUGGUACCCAGGCAUCUCCAAUUAUUUUAAUAUGGCACACAGUGAGUGCUCACACCCAUUCUCUCAUGUCUAGGCGACUCAGGCUUAUCGUGGCAAUGUUGAAUGUAUGACAAAAAAAACGUAUAUAUACGUUUGGGGCACUAGCAGUAAAAACGUAUAUAUAUGUUUGGACCGUUUACGGGUUAAUUUGUUCUCUGCUACUUCUAUCUACCAACCUUCAAAGCUUGCCAUUUUGUUGAGUCCUUACAUGAAUCUUAGUCUUGGCUUUGUUUCUGUAGAUGACUGCCUGUCUCAGUAUAUUGUGAAAUGCUCUAAAUUUUUCAUUACACUCAUGACUUGACCUGACCUUUUCCUCCUCCCCUCCUUUCCCGUUGACCUAUUUUUUUUUUUAUUAUCACACUGGCCGAUUCCCACCAAGGCAGGGUGGCCCGAAAAAGAAAAACUUUCACCAUCAUUCACUCCAUCACUGUCUUGCCAGAAGGGUGCUUUACACUACAGUUUUUAAACUGCAACAUUAACACCCCUCCUUCAGAGUGCAGGCACUGUACUUCCCAUCUCCAGGACUCAAGUCCGGCCUGCCGGUUUCCCUGAAUCCCUUCAUAAAUGUUACUUUGCUCACACUCCAACAGCACGUCAAGUAUUAAAAACCAUUUGUCUCCAUUCACUCCUAUCAAACACGCUCACGCAAUGCCUGCUGGAAGUCCAAGCCCCUCGCACACAAAACCUCCUUUACCCCCUCCCUCCAACCCUUCCUAGGCCGACCCCUACCCCGCCUUCCUUCCACUACAGACUGAUACACUCUUCAAGUCAUUCUGUUUCGCUCCAUUCUCUCUACAUGUCCGAACCACCUCAACAACCCUUCCUCAGCCCUCUGGACAACAGUUUUGGUAAUCCCGCACCUCCUCCUAACUUCCAAACUACGAAUUCUCUGCAUUAUAUUCACACCACACAUUGCCCUCAGACAUGACAUCUCCACUGCCUCCAGCCUUCUCCUCGCUGCAACAUUCAUCACCCACGCUUCACACCCAUAUAAGAGCGUUGGUAAAACUAUACUCUCAUACAUUCCCCUC